GGAAGAAAAGUCAGAAGACCAGGAUCUCCAGGGCCUCAAGGACAAACCCCUGAAAUUUAAAAAGGUGAAGAAAGAGAAGAAAGAAGACAAAGAGGGCAAGCAUGAGCCCCUGCAGCCACCGGCUCACCACUCUGCUGAACCAGCAGAGGCAGGCAAAGCGGAGACCUCAGAAGGGUCAGGCUCAGCCCCAGCUGUCCCGGAAGCUUCUGCCUCCCCCAAACAGCGACGCUCUAUCAUUCGUGACCGGGGACCCAUGUAUGACGACCCCACUCUGCCUGAAGGUUGGACCCGAAAGCUUAAACAAAGGAAAUCUGGCCGCUCCGCUGGGAAGUAUGAUGUGUAUUUGAUCAAUCCCCAGGGAAAAGCCUUUCGCUCUAAAGUGGAGUUGAUUGCGUACUUCGAAAAGGUAGGCGACACCUCCCUGGACCCUAAUGAUUUUGACUUCACGGUAACUGGGAGAGGGAGCCCCUCCCGGCGAGAGCAGAAACCACCUAAGAAGCCCAAAUCUCCCAAAGCUCCAGGAACUGGCAGAGGUCGGGGACGCCCCAAAGGGAGCGGCACUGCGAGACCCAAGGCAGCAACAUCAGAGGGUGUGCAGGUGAAAAGGGUCCUGGAGAAAAGUCCCGGGAAGCUGCUCGUCAAGAUGCCUUUUCAAGCUUCGCCCGGGAGCAAGGCUGAAGGGGGCGGGGCCACCACGUCAGCCCAGGUCAUGGUUAUCAAACGCCCAGGCCGGAAGCGAAAAGCCGAGGCUGACCCCCAGGCCAUUCCCAAGAAGCGGGGCCGAAAGCCAGGCAGUGUGGUGGCAGCUGCCGCCGCAGAGGCCAAAAAGAAAGCCGUGAAGGAGUCUUCCAUCCGGUCCGUGCAGGAGACUGUGCUCCCCAUCAAGAAGCGCAAGACUCGGGAGACGGUCAGCAUUGAGGUGAAGGAGGUGGUGAAGCCCCUGCUGGUGUCCACCCUCGGCGAGAAGAGUGGAAAGGGACUGAAGACCUGCAAGAGCCCCGGACGGAAAAGCAAGGAGAGCAGCCCGAAGGGGCGCAGCAGCAGCGCCUCCUCACCCCCCAAGAAGGAGCACCACCACCAUCACCACCACUCAGAGCCCCCGAAGGCACCCGCGCCGCUGCUUCCGCCCCCGCCCCCUCCCCCACCUGAGCCCCAGAGCUCCGAGGACCCCGCCAGCCCCCCUGAGCCCCAGGACUUGAGCAGCGGCGUCUGCAAAGAGGAGAAGAUGGCGAGAGGAGGCUCGCUGGAGAGCGACGGCUGCCCCAAGGAGCCAGCUAAGACUCAGCCCACGGUCGCGACCGCCGCCACGGCCGCAGACAAGUACAAACACCGAGGGGAGGGAGAGCGCAAAGACAUUGUUUCAUCCUCCAUGCCAAGGCCAAACAGAGAGGAGCCUGUGGACAGCCGGACGCCCGUGACCGAGAGAGUUAGCUGACUUUACACAGAGCGGAUUGCAAAGCAAACCAACAAGAAUAAAGGCAGCUGUUGUCUCUUCUCCUUAUGGGUAGGGCUCUGACAAAGCUUCCCGAUUAACUGAAAUAAAAAAUAUUUUUUUUUCUUUCAGUAAA